ACACCAAAUACCAGGGUCAUCAGCAUCCACUAUUUCAACUUUGCUGAUUUAAUCAUCGCACGCAUCACCGGCUAGGACUGCGCGUUCAUUAAUUGUAUUCUCGUUCGUGAUGAAUGUGUGAUGUUAGCGUCGCACGUACGGCGCCAAAAGCGAAUAUGGACGACUAAUGUUCUCUCUGGCCAUAGUACUUAUUAUGCAGUUCUACUGUUUCAGCGGGUAUUUCUAACGGUUUAAAAUGCCAAAGCAGUUGGUAUUAAUUCUUAUUUGUUUUCUCUCUAUUAGGGCCAUCGAUGCCGCUUCCAGCAGUACAUGGAUUUGGUCACAAUACAACAAAUCUGUCUGUAUUAACGAUGGCGAGGAAGCCACACUGACUUGGAAAGUGACUCUGAACUCGGGAGAACAAAUCGGAGCUGUCGAGAUCUGGCAGCAAGCUGUAGCGGGUGGAUCACCGGUCAAGAUGUACUCCACCGUGAGUGACAGACCCGAGCCUGUGUUCGCUGAUCGAAUGAUGUCAGUAUCGCAUACAGGCUCAACCCCUACAUAUAACGUCGUUUUCACCCUGAAAGUCAUUAAAAGCAAGGAUGGAUUCGGCGCCAACAAAAUACAAUGUCGCGUGACAGCAAAUAACUUUCAUACCGGCCAACCCCCAUUAGAAACUCUACUCAACGUUCAGGCUCCUAUUAGCAAGUUGAGUGUGAUCGUUCCAAGUGCAGUGAACGAGUCCGACUCAGUGCGCAUGACAUGUCAAGCUGAAGGCAGUCCCGAUCCUAAGCCGACAUUUCGAUGGUUCAACGCCAAAGGCGAGGAGAUAGGCAACGACAGUUUCUACACUGUCCCAUCGGUACAUCGCGACAGGCCGGGGCCAUACACGUGCUUAGCUACGGAUGGAUGUGGACACAUUCACAGAUCCAACGCUACACUUACCGUACAGUACAAACCAGACUUUACAAAACUGACCAAGAAGUCGCCCGCCCAAGACACAGUUUGUCUGAAUGCCAGCAUCACAUUGACCUGUAGUGCGUCAGCAGUUCCUACGGUCAGCAGCUACAUUUUCUAUAAUAAUAACGUCAUGCUUGUGACCCAGUCCGACUCGGAAUACGUGGCAAAGGCAACCAAUGAAGGAAUCAAUACGUUUACUUGUGUCCCUGUGAAUAUCGUUGGGAAAGGCGCCAGUUCCUCGGUUAUUGUAACAGCGAAAGAGGGACCAGUCAUUGCAGCUUUCAAUUCGUCAAACCUUGUCGUCGUCGAGGGAGCAUCUGUCAAUCUUUACUGCCAUGCAACCGGCACAAGUCCUUUAGAAGUAACCUUACAACGAUAUAACAGCCAGGCCAGCUCUCCACUGAGCAACUCUACCAGUUACACGUUUAGUGCCAUCAAGAAGAAUGACCAGGGUGACUACAUGUGUUCAGCAACCAACGGGGACGAGUGUGCAAUCGCAAGAAAGCUACUUCGUAUCAAAGUCGACUAUGUGAACUUCAUCAAACCUCCAAAUUUGUGUAAAACCAAGGACGCGUUAGACGUCACCAUCACCCUGGCAACAAACCUGGAAACGAGGCCCUUUGUCAUGUGUAACACGGGUGAGGCACGUGUGCUGGCCUUUCCCGCCCAAAGUGGAAGUAAGAACGCGACGUACGCCAUGAAGGCUACAGAUGGAGAGAACGUCACAUGCUCUGUAGAAGGGUUUCCCCUGGGCCGCGUUACCUACUAUCUAGGCCAAAAUACCACGGUCGUGAUGACAUUCACAAUAUCAAACAGAGAGACGACGGUAACGGACGGCCGGUAUAACGUCAGUGGUACAGUUUGGCGAGACAUCAAUCUAUUGAUCAGCGAUGUAUUAGGAUCGUGUCUUCGGGAUUAUCAGUUAUCAUUCAGACCUGGAAGUCUGAUAGUUGAUGUUACAUAUACAUUGACGGGUGACGUCAAAGAUCCUCAAACGUUCUUCAAGGAAGGGCUUAUUGGAAAUGCACCGAAGUAUAACUUUACCAUCGUCCCCGAGAGUAUACAGCCGCUACAAACAUUUAUGACGCAUCACACGCCAUCUCCCGUGACUGCCAAGUCAGGCUUGACGACCGAAGACAUUAUCCUUAUCGUGGUGGGGAUAGUCAUCUUUUUGCUUGUUGUGAUUAUUGUUACAUAUUGCGUCUGCACCAAAGGAAAAAGAAGAAAGAAAGAGGACAGGAAGAAAAUGUACGAGGACGGGCGAGACACAGAAGGACCGUCACCGUACGCACAGGACGGCCCAGCAGCCGAGUAUCCGGUGAAGAAGAGAGAGCGCAAGAAGACACCAACUAAGCCAAAUCAAGAGAUGAUCUUGGAGGUUGAUGCCGGUCAAAGGGAUGACGACGCCGAUUCUUAUGACGAGGCGAUCAGAAAGAGUUACCAGGGACCGCCCUACGCAGAGAUAUCCCACGUCCCGAACAACGCCUACAGCACUGACACUAACAGGUCUAACAAGUCUACACUUCCCAAAAAAUGCUUUCCUCCCGGACCACCGUCCCUGAACCUUGGGCCAAGAGAUGUCACUGACACGUCAAUCAAAGUGAGAUGGACUCCGCCUACUAAUAAUGGUGGCGGCCGCAUUAGAGACUAUAAGGUCGAAGUCGGCUCGCUCGUUGUCGAAGGGGUAACGAGUACUUCUCUCCUCUGCCCUGACCUCAAACCUUACACCAAGUAUCUCGUGCGCGUGUAUGCACGAAAUGCCGCUGGAAUGGGGACUGCGGCUUUGCAAUACGUCACCACGAAUAGACCAAGAGGUGGAACACUACCAACGGGAUCUACAAACGCCGCUUAUUCAAACAAUGCCUACGGACCUGAGUGGGACACGGAGUCCGAAGAGUACAUUUGCUAACGUGUUUAAUUAAUUUGUCAUGCCUGGGACUGGGUUGAACCUCUUUUGGACACUUUCCCGCGUUUUUUCUUAACCAAUCAGUCGUCAAUAGAGUGAUUUUCAAAAUCCCGUGCACCAAAGUGUAGUUGUUAAAAUGUAAUAGUGAAGCCAGAACAAAAGAAAAGAAAGACAUUACAGUUUAUUAGUACUAAAUAAACUAAAUAGUAUUUCACGGCUUUUUGAAAACCACUCUAUAUCGCAAUAACCAGAUAUAUUUAUAACAUAAAAACAUAGAGCAAUAUAAUUUCAUAUAACAAUACCUAAAUCAAUUUUGUAUUAAUUUAUAAUGUAAUAAAGUCACCCGCAAUAGA